AUGGCUAGGAGUUCGACUUCUAUAGAUUUUGAUUUAACCCAACAAAGCAAUUAUUGCUGGUACUGGCAAAGGAUGAAGGCUGAGUUACAACUUGAUAACUGUGGUACCUAUUACCAACAGCACCAAACCUGCUAUUUGCAGUCAGAUUUUGAACCACAUUUUGAAUAUAACUAUAACUUCAUAUUUUAUGAGAACGUUCAGAAUGUCUCUUCUGCAAAAGAGAGCACUAAACACCUAGCUGAAAUUCCGCCUAUUUCAGAGGCUUGGACUACAAAUAAUGAGGAAGAACAAACUGAAGAUCCACAGAUUCCCUUGGAUAUUGAGAACCUGAACAAGGAGUUUAUGGUGGAAAGUGAAGAGCUCUAUGACUCCCUAAUGAAUUGUCACUGGCAGCCUCUGGAUACUGUUGCUUCUAGAAUCCCAAAUAACAUCCAGGAGUAG